GCGGGGUUUUGAGAUUUUUGUGUCUUGUGUGUGCGUGUGAAUUAAGUGAUGGGUGAUUUGGCAUUGUGGAUUAAGUUGACAGUUUGUGAGAAAACUGAUUCUUUAAAUGUAAAUUGUGGAUUUUUGUUUGGUUUUCAUUAGUUAGAUCAGAUGCACCUCAGUAAAAUGGGGUAGCUUGGUAGAUUUUUGUUUCAUAAUGUGUAAAUUUGUCUCGCUGGUAGUAAUUUAAGGUGAAAGGUGCUAUGGAGCAAAGGUCAGUGGUUUCUGAAAAGUAAAUAGAUGGAUAGAUUAAUGAUUUUGUGCAAAGUUGGGGGUAAAAGUGCUUUCAUGGAGUAAAGUUCAGACUUUUGUUGAAAAAUAUAAAUCUUUGGAUGUUUCUUUUACCUGAUAAAUUGAAGAAAAAAAAUCCGCCUUUAACUUCUCAAAAGGGUAGCUCCUUGGGAUAAGACAAAUGCUAAACGAUCAUAUGAGGCUUAUCAGUUUUUUUUCUUAAUUCUUGCGAUAACAUUUGACUUAAUACAUACGCAAUGUUUGCUUGAUCAAAUAAAAGUGUCUCAUAAAAAAGGAGAUAUGCACGCUUGCACAAUUUGCCAUAAUGUCCCUUGAAGACAAAUUGCAAAUGGAAUAGGUCAAGCUAUUUUUUUUGUUUGAGUUAAUAGUUCUCCUCCCAAACCCGUGAGCACCCUGAAAUAUGACAUGAAAUCUUGUUCGGGCUCAAUCCUUUGAGUUACUUAAUUAGUUUAACUUAAGUGCCCAAAGGAAUAGAAUGGUUCACUAUCAACUAUAAGUGCCAAGAUGGACUGGAAGUAAAAAAUGUAAUACAGUACUGAUAAGAAGGAAAAAAAGUCGUCAAGUAGCACCUUGCGGAUGGCUAUAUGCUGCCGAGUCCCACAAUGGUUGCACAGGGCUUCAAUGUAGAUUUAAAUAAAGCACUUGUAUUCCAGGUUGGCCACCUUGGAGAAGCUUACCAAGAGUGGAUUCACCAGCCCAUUGUCAGCAAGGAAGGUCCGCGAUUUUUCGAAAGUGAUUUUUGGGAGUUUCUGACUCGCACAGUUUGGUGGGCAAUUCCAACCAUAUGGCUUCCAGUUGUAUGCUAUAGUAUCUUCACGUCUAUCCGUAUGGGUCAUACUGUCCCGGAGGUGGCAUUGAUGGUGGCUUUUGGCAUUUUCAUCUGGACACUGAUGGAAUACACUCUUCAUCGUUUUCUUUUCCACAUUAAUACGACGAGCUAUUGGGGAAACACUGCUCAUUAUCUUCUUCAUGGCUGUCAUCAUAAGCAUCCCAUGGAUGGUCUACGGCUUGUUUUUCCACCUGCUGCAACGGCUGUUCUUUGCAUACCUUUCUGGAACUUGAUCAAAUUGCUGGCGACUCCCUCUACUGCUCCUGCUUUGUUUGGAGGCGGUCUAUUGGGCUACGUUAUGUAUGAUGUAACCCACUACUACUUACAUCACGGACAACCGACAAAUGAAGUGCCUAAAAGUCUUAAGAAAUAUCACUUGAAUCAUCAUUUUCGUAUCCAGAACAAAGGUUUUGGCAUUACCUCCUCUUUCUGGGACAAGGUAUUUGGAACGCUACCACAUUCAACAUCAGCCAAGAACAUAUGAUUCCUUUUGGGGAGGAGAAUUACAGUACUAAGUGCUAUCUAUUAGAAGGGUUUAGAAUUUUAUUCUUUGAAAUCUAGUUCCAUUUUUUCAUCUGCCAUUAUGUUCAUGUCACACUUUAAUCGGCAAAUUUGCAUCUCAGCCUUGUGACAACUUGUGUAAGGGUUACAUAACCUUGCUGCAAAAUAUUGUGUUCAUCAGUCCAUCCAGGUUGUAUUUAUCUUCAUCAUUAGGCGGUAUAUUGACCAAUUAUUGUAUCUUUUACAAGUUUGGCAAUUGGAAAAAUCUGGUUAAUGCAUAGCAAUUUUUUUCCCGGUGAA